AUGUAAUCAUGUUGCCCAAUAAUUUGCUAUCAAUUCUAUUAGUUAUUAGUUUGGUUUCUUGCAAAAACAUAUUGGUUUAUAACCCAAUAUUUGGAUAUAGUCAUGCUAAGUUUGUUAGUCAGCUGGCUAAUAUUAUAGCUGAUCAUGGACAUAAUGUUACAGUCUUCCAACCAUUUCAUAUUGCCCUCAAAAACACAGAUGGAUUGAUUAAAAAUAAGAACAUUGAAAUUAUAAACUACUAUCCAGAUCACUACGCUGAGCUUUUGAAGAAGAAAACUCCAACUUUCCCAGAUUUCUGGGAUUCCCAUCUGAUGAAUAACCCAGUUUUAUCAUCAUUCCUCAUGCCAAAAGCUCUUGGAGGAGAAUUUGAACAAACUACUACACAACUUUUCCAAGAUCAAAAAAUCCUUAACGACCUUAAAAAUAGAAACUUUGAUGUUUUGCUGGCUGAAACUUUCGAAAUAGCAGGAUUUUAUAUAGCUGAUCUUCUUGAAAUUCCAAGUAUUCCACUCAUGUCGGCUGUACGACUCCCAAUUAUUGACAGCGCAUUUGGCCAGCCAUCUAUCCUUGGAUAUUUUCCACAACAAUACUCCAAAGUUGCACCUGAAGCAGGAUUCCUCGACAGGCUCAACGACUUGUACCGGAUCUUCUUCUGGAAUCUUACGACGCAACGUUUGUGCCAGUUCCAGAAUGAUUUCAUCCAAAAAGCUAUUGGUCACCCUGUACCCCAUUGGAGAGAUCUUGUAAAAGAAUCACCAAUAUACAUUACAAAUUCAAACUCAUAUCUGGACUUUGCUGUUCCAACAACUGCUACCAUUGUUCAUGUUGGUGGAAUUACCAUUGACUUGGAGAAAAUGAGACAUGUUGCGGCUCUAACUGAAGAGUAUGAGAACAUUCUUGCGGAAAGAGAGUCGACGGUUUUCAUAUCUUUUGGAUCUGUUAUCAGAUCUUAUGAGAUGCCCGAUAACUUCAAAGCAGGAAUCAUCAAGAUGUUCAAAUCACUUCCAGAUGUCACAUUUAUCUGGAAGUAUGAGAAAGAUGACGUGAAAUUUCAGAAUAGGCUUCCAAAGAAUGUUCACUUAAAGAAAUGGGUUCCACAGCCUUCUUUGCUUGCUGACAAACGUGUGAAACUAUUUGUGACCCAUGGAGGACUGGGAAGUACAAUGGAAGUAGCUUACACCGGGAAGCCGGCUCUAAUGGUUCCAAUUUUCGGAGAUCAACCAAAUAAUGCAGAUAUGCUUGCAAGACAUGGAGGUGCUGUUGCGUACGACAAAUUUGAUCUGGCAGAUGGAGAAAAACUAACAAAAACUGUUCGGGAUAUGGUGACAAACUCGAAGUAUGAGGUGAAUGCCCAGGAAUUGUUAAAAGUUCUCUCCAAACAACCUAUUGAUCCUAAGCUGAAUUUGAUGAAGCAUCUAGAGUUUGCAAUGGAAUUCCCAAAGCACCGUUCCCAAGUUCCAGCCAUAAAUAGAACCGGACUGAUUGCUCACUACUAUCUUGAUGUAAUUGGUGUCUUAACGUUGGCUUCAAUUUUUGGUUUGUUCGUGAUUUUUAAGAUCUUGAACAUUCUGAGAAAAAUGAUAUCUUUAAGGAAAGUGAAAAGAGAAUAAUGUAUUUUCAUUUUGUUAAUUUUAUUUUUAGUUUUAUUUGAAUAAAACUCUUUUGUUCAUC